AUGACGACGCCCGCGGCCAUCGAGCGUCUGCCCGACCACGUGCUCUCGGCGCACGUGUGCAGCUUCGUGCACCUGCAGGACCGCUGGCACGGACUCGCGCGGGUCUCCAGGCGCUGGCGCCGCCUCACGCUCGCGUCAGUGCGCCGUGAGCAGCACGUGGACCUGACGUGGUGCACAGGCAAGCACGAGCUGGAGGCGGCCGCGGCCGUGCUGCUCGACCGACAGCCGCGACGCAGCAGAAGCGGCCGGAACUUGUCCGUGGAGACCUCGCAGCUCCAGAGCGUGGCGCUGUACGGCCCGCGAGUCACGUCGCCGCUGCUGUCGCACCUGGUCAAGGGCCUCGGCUCCCAGCAGCUGCGGCACGUGGACGUCGAGUCCAAGCAGAUCUCGGACACGGCGCUGGAGCAGCUCUGUCGCUGCGUGAGUCUACAGACGCUGGCGCUGCACUGCAUCAAGCUCACGGACGAGUCGCUGGUGGCCAUCUCGCGCGCGUGUCCAAAGCUCACCAAGGUCGAUGUGUCCGGCUGCUCGCGCGUGCGGGACGACGGCAUCGUCGCCAUCGUAGCCAACUGCCCCAAUCUAGAGAAGGUCGACCUCACCAUGUGCCGGCGCAUUACCGACAGGUCCGUCGUGGCGUUGGCUCAGCACGCGUCGCUAACGCUGAAGGAGGUUGUGCUGGAUCGCUGUCUGAAGGUUUCCGGGCCCGCCCUUCGCUUCCUCAUGAGAAUGCAGCCCAAUCUCCGGUCGUUGUCGUUCGCGCGCUGUCCGAAGGUGCAGGGCGCCGACUUUUACGACUUCAUUCAGAUCGCCCACAAGAAGUCGAUCAGAUCCGUGUGUGAGCUCACAGCGCUGGACUUGAGUGGGUGUGCAGGUCUGGAUGAUCGUGGCGUGGCCGAACUGAUCGCCGUCAACCGACAAACCUUACGCUCACUGAACCUUGGGGCACUACAGACGCUGGGGAGCGCCACAUUUGCAGCCAUCGCCAAGUGUAGUGAACUCGAGUCUCUCAAUCUCUCGCUGUGCAGGACAUUGCAGAACAGCGACCUGGUGGCCAUCACGACUGGGUGCACACAGCUUUCGACCUUGUUACUGCAGGGCUGCGUAGCUCUUGACGACGUCGGUCUCAAGGCGAUGGCCCCGCGCGCAACAAACCUGCAGCGACUGUCGUUUGAGUUCUGCUACAACAUCACGGACGAGGGCUUCGCAGCCGUCGUCUCGCGCUGUCAGCAGUUGCUGCACCUCAACAUCAAGGCGUGCAACCAGCUCACAAUCGACGCCUUCCGUGCGUUGGCGCGUCGCAAGACCCCGCUGGAAACGCUGUACAUCGGCGCGUGCGCCGACAUGGAGACCACGGCGGCGUACUUCUCCACCGUCAAGCACAAGUUCCCUCGGUGCCGAAUCCACUGGGUCUGA